UGUAGGCAUCGAUGUUUCCCCACCUCUACUCUCCAACGGUCGCGCGUUUCGGUUCGUUUUGUGCGAAAUUUAAGCAAUAAUCAGCGUGAAUUGUGGCCAGAAAGUUGGACAGCAAUGUCUGCGAUAGCUGGCACCCACGUUCGCCCGAAAAUGUGCGGCUAAAAGCCCCCCGCGAACCGCAAAACAGCGGCGGCGAAACAGCCCGACUAAACCGACUGAAAGAAGCGAGAAGAAGAAGGGAAAAAUUAAACAAGUUUGCGUGGAACGAAAAUUGCGUGAAAAGAAAGCCACGCCGAAAUAAAUGCAAUGUUUAAUGUUUAAACCAACAAAACGCCAAGAAGUUUUCAGUUCUUUGAAAUCCGUGUGAGUGGGUGUGCGUGUGUGUGCCGUGCUACUGUGUGUGUGUGCGUGUUGUGAGUGGAGUGGAAAUUAAACGAGAGUGUCUCAGUUGUCUGAGUGCAAAUGAAGUUGGCCAAGCCCAAAACGAGAAUUAAUUAAAGCAACUAAGAAAAGUGCCCGUUUGCAAGGAGGCGGAGGAGGAUUAAAUACACCCAGGAGGGGUAACGAAAACCGAUCGGGGGAGCAGGAGGAAAAAGGACGAGGAGGACCCAAAAUAUGAGCGAGGAGCUGAAAGUGGUGCUGCGCCGCAGCGAGCAGCACUCCGGAUUCGGGUUUUCGCUGCUCGGAACCACCGGACCGCCACAUGUCAUCUACGACAUCGUCGAGAAUUCGCCGGCAGCCGAUUGCGGAGCGGUUGAGGCCGGGGAUGUCAUCCUUAAAGUCAACGGAACGGAUGUCCAUCGCUACACAACGAAGGAAGUUCUCAAAUGCCUGCGCCUGUCGGAACAGCUGGUGACCUUGGAGCUGAAGCGAGACCCCAAGCUCAAGGCGCGAAUCAAAGAGCAGCUGGCCAACACCCAGAGUCCGCACUAUGUGGACAUUGAGUCGCCGAACAUCUACGACUAUCACAGCGGCAGCAACAAUUCCUCGCCAAAUCACCGGCCGCCUAACGCCGGUGGCAAGGGGGCGGCGACCACGCCCUCGCAGAGCGGACUGCGCUACAAGUCGCCCACGCACUUGCCCUCGCUGCGCCAAAACUCAUCGCCACUGCUGGCAAGUGGAUCUGCGACGACCCAGACGAUCCAGACCCAGACCGCCACGCAUACGCACAGCCAAACCCACAGUCGCAACUCUUCGGCGAGCUCCACCAAGAUCAAGGUGGUGGAGACGAGCAUUACCACCUCGGUCACGGGCAUAGUGGGUCCCACGUCGCCCACUGGCGAGGCCACCUCGCCCACCUUCCGCCCCUCACGCAUUCCACAGGCGCUGACCAAAUGUGCCGUGCCCAAGCCCGUGCCCGUUCUCCAUUCGCCCCAGAAUAAGCGGCCACGCCCCUCCCAGAUACCGACAAAGGCGGCAAACGGGAACGGGAACGGCAACGGUAACGGUAACGGCAACGGACAUUCGGCCCAGCUGCCGCCGCAAUCGCUGCAGCAUUCGAACAGUUACAGCGGCAGUCCGGUGACCAGGCAGCGGUUUACGGAACGGGAUCAGGAGCGAGAACCGGAACCCAACUCGGCGCCACCGCAGCCGGCGAAGGCGCCACGCUUUGAGGCUUACAUGAUGACCGGCGACCUGAUCCUCAACCUGUCCCGGACACCACAGACCAGCAAUCCCCUGCCCGCCCAGGCCAAAAAGGUGGACAGUCUCCGGGAUUCGCCCAGUCGCCUGGUCAAUUCGCGCAUCAAUGGGGCUCUAGCACCUCGUGCCUCCGGCGAGUCCUCGCCCACUUCCUCCUCCUCGGUGGACUCGCCCACCAACACCAGUUCGGAUUCGGUGAAGCGCGAGGCGAAACUGCUGAGGAAACAGCAACAACAGCAGCAGCAGCAGCAGCAACAACAGCCUCACCAGCAGCAACAACAACAGCAGCAGCAGCAGCAGCGGGACAGCAUUAACAAUAGCUACAACCGCAAGGACUCACUGACCAAUGACACACUGCUGAUGUGCGAGGAGCUGGAGCAGGACGAGGAGGGCGAGUAUGUGCUGGAGGAGGACAAUAAUAGGCAGCAGCAACACCGCCAAAAGCAGCAACAUCGCUAUCGCCAGCAGCAGCAGAAUCAGCAACGCUACGAAUACUACCAAAACGAGGAUGAGCUGGAGGAGGAGCAGGUGGAGGUUGAGGAGGAGCGGGAGGAGGAUCAAACGCACUACGACAUCACCAACAUCGAUACCUACCAGAGCGGUCUGGGGCGGGGCGACGAGGAUGACAGCGAUCGGCAGUGCCUGGUGGACGACGACGACGACGAUGAGGAGCCCUACGACGAGGAGGAGAACGAUGCCGGCGACGAGGACUACUCGACCAACUCGUUGGGCUCCGGCUCGGCCAAGCAGAGAUUGCGGGCGCUGAAACAGCGCACCGCCACCCGCCAGCAGCAUCCCCACCACCGAAACCGUGAUGCCGUCGACUGUGCCGGUCGCUCGGGAUCGGGAUCCUCGUCCACCACGGUCAAGAGCGAGGCGGGCGGAGGCCUGGGCCUGGACGAGACCUCCUUCUCAGUGCCAACCUCCCCGAUCUCGCUGUCGACGCCGCUGAUCGACAAGGAGACGGCCAACUCGGUGCCCACCAGCCCGGAGCCCAGCUCCCUGGCGCCGGAAUCGAGCAGUGGUGGAGCUGGUGCCGGAGCGGUGGUGGUGCGCCGGCACAACGGACAUGUGGUGCGGAAGUGCGAUGCCGCCGGCUUUCGCACCAGCAAGUCCGAGGACCAUCUGCAGCAGAUCCAGCGCGAGGGCAUCGCCGCCGUGAUACCCAUCGACAUCGAUGAGGACGUGAAUAGCUCGCUGAACACUCUGCUGGACACGCGUCAGGACUCCGAGGACUCGCAGUCGAUGGCCACUGUAAUUGUAAACAACUCGCCAUUGGCCUCGAACAACAACGAGGGUGAGCAGGGCGACAACAACCGCAGCAGCAGCAGCAGCAGCCUCAUCUCAAGCGACAACAAUAACUGCAACAGCAGCAGCAACAUCAACGAACUAGCAACAUCUGCAGCUGCAACUGCAACAGCAACACCCACGACUGCAGCAGCAGCAGCAGCAGCAACAUCAACGAGAACGAUGAGCUGCAGCAGCAAAUUAAACUAUAUUUUAUGCAAAAAGGCAUCGGAUCGCGAUCGGAUCGUUUGGACCUAUAAUGCCCCACUCCAGCCGCAUCAGUUGGCGGCCCUCCAGCGACAGCAGCAGCAGCAAGAGCAGCAAUUCCAACAGCAGCAGCAGCAACUCCAGCAACUCCAGCAGCAACAUCAACAGCAGCAACAGCAGCAGCAGCAACUCCAGCAGCAGCAACAACAGAAGCAGCAACUCUACGGUCAGCAAUCGCAUUCAAAUUCACAUUCAAGUUCCAUUAGUUCGUCGCCCCAGCACUCGGCUGUGGGCAGUCCGGCCUCGCCCACGUCGGUAUCCUCGUCGGUGAUGUCCUCGUCGGGCUCUAAGGGCGCUUUGGGCCUGGGCAGCAGCAGCAAUGGUCCCAUGGCCGCCAUGCAGCAGCAGCAACAGCAGCAGCAGCAGCGGGAACAGGUUGCGCAACCGCCCAGCGGUAUUCCCGGUCUGCUCAGCUGCCCAGGAGGUGGUGGUGGUGUUGGUGGCGGAGGCGGAGUUGUCGGUGUCGGUGUCGGUAGUGGUGGUGGCAACAACGAUCAGAGCGUCUCAGAGGCCAUUUCGAAUAUAUCUAGUCCCGACUACCAAGACGACGAUAACUUAUUGAGUUCUCGCGAUAUUCUAGGCGGCAUGGUACUUAGCGAUCUCAGUGACUCGGACUCCACCAUCCUCGUCUCGGACGCGGCCGCCCUGCAGCGCCAGCAGCUCAAGCAGCAGCUGCGUGCCCAGCAGCAACAGCAGAGGGAUAGGGAACGAGAGCAAUCCGAGCACAAGGUGGUCAUCCAAGUGCGCGGCCUGGACAACAGCAACAGUGGCGGCGGUGGCGGUGGCGGUGGCCGCUCUGAGGAGGAUGUGGUCACGCUGACGGACGAGCAGCCGCUGGGCACGAUGGCCAUCGGUCUGCGAGACGCCUCGCCGCCCGUCUCCGAUGAUGGCAGCGAUGUGGAGUCGCUGCACUCCUACCACUAUUCUCCCAAGGCCGUGGACAUGCCCUCGGCCAUUCGGCUGGCCAAAAGACUGUACUCCCUCGAUGGUUUCAAGAAGAGCGAUGUGUCGCGACACCUCAGCAAAAACAACGAUUUUAGUCGCGCAGUGGCCGAUGAGUAUCUCAAGCAUUUCACCUUCGAGAAGAAGUCACUCGAUCAGGCGCUGCGCGAAUUCCUGCAGCAAUUCUCGCUGUCCGGCGAAACGCAGGAACGGGAGCGAGUGCUGGUGCACUUUUCCAAGCGCUUCCUCGACUGCAAUCCGGGCACCUUCAACUCGCAGGACGCCGUGCACACGCUUACCUGUGCCAUAAUGCUGCUGAACACGGAUCUGCACGGCCAGAAUAUGAAUCGCAAGAUGAGCUGUGCAGAGUUCGUUGACAACCUGGCAGAUCUCAACGAUGGCGAGAACUUUCCCAAGGAUGUGCUCAAGUCGCUGUACCAGGCCAUUAAAACUAAGCCUCUGGAAUGGGCGCUAGAUGAGGAGGCGGGCGAUCUGCAGCAGCAGAGAGCCAACAACAGUGCUUUGGGCAAUGUGGGCCAGAAUCCCUUCCUCGAUCCACCGGAAUUGGCCACCGCUGUGGAGUACAAAAAGGGCUAUGUGAUGCGUAAAUGCUGCUAUGACAGCAGCUUUAAGAAAACUCCUUUUGGCAAACGCUCCUGGAAGAUGUUCUACUGCACGCUGCGUGACCUUGUGCUGUAUCUGCAUAAGGAUGAGCACGGUUUUCGCAAGAGUCAAAUGUCCGACAAUCUGCACAAUGCAAUACGCAUACAUCACGCACUGGCCACCAAGGCCAACGACUACACCAAGAAGCAACAUGUGUUCCGCCUGCAGACGUCCGACCAGGCCGAAUAUCUGUUCCAGACCAGCGACUCCAAGGAGCUGCAAUCGUGGGUGGAGACGAUCAACUAUGUGUGCGCGGCCAUAUCAGCGCCACCACUCGAGGGCGGCGUGGGCAGCCAGAAGCGGUUCCAGCGACCGCUCCUGCCCAGCAAACAGUCCAAACUGUUGCUGAAGGAGCAGUUGGAGUCGCACGAGGUCCAGUUGGCCCAGUUGGAUCAGGAGCUCAACGAGCACAAAAAGGGUCCGAUUCCCAACAAGGGAUUGCCUCUGCAGAACUACAAGGAGAAGGAGAGCUACUUGCAGUAUGAGCUGCGUCGCUACCGCACCUAUGUGAGCAUCCUGAGCGCCAAGAUGCUGGCGGAUCAGCAGCAGCUGGAGCUGCAGGCCCUGCAACCGACGCCAGCGGCGCACGAGGAGGAGGCCGACACAUUCCCAGUGGGCAGCACCACCAGCAUCAGCACCACCACCACCUGCACGCCAACCACGCCGCAAAGUAUUAGCCAGAAGGAGCAGCAGCAGCAGCAGCAACAACAGCCAGCGAACAGAAAAGAGAAGAAAAAGAAAUAAUUACGUUUUAUUUCCGCUCUUGAUUUCGAUCAUUUUUGAAAACUCGCAUACCAACAAACACACCACCACACACCUUCACCAUCAAUACCCGCCCGCCUCCGCCUGGCCAUCGAGAAGCAGGCGCACGAAUCAAUUUGAAUAGAAUACUCCGAAAUGCCAGGCUGCCGUCGCCGGAAACACAGAAAGAUCCACAGAUCAGAUCCACAGAUCAGAUCUACAGAUCAACCACACAACAACACCCCACUCGCAUACUCUCAGCACCACUCACCAUUGCCCACCCACUUACACUCAAGCGUUGCGGCUGUGCCGUGUCGUCUGCCACUGAAGAUAUUCGGAAACUGUGCACUUUCAAUUACUUGAACAUCAUUUGAGAUAAUUAGACUACCAACACGAUAAUUAACAAGGAAGAGGAGAGUUUUACGUUUGAAGGUCGUUCAUCAGAAGAUAUCGGGCGAUUAUCUCGAAUUCGAGCAUUUGAUUUCAUAAGUAUCAAGCUUACUUGUCAAAGAGAUGGCUCUCGAAAUCGCAAAUCGGUUUCAUCUGAUUUAUUCGAUUCGAAUUUUGAAUAUCCUGCUGGACGGCUGCUUAGGAACGAGAACGAAAACUGCUUAUACACAUAGACUUAUUAUUACAAGAGUUGAUAAACAAUACUUACAUCAUUACCUAUGCUAUCAUUAUAAAUGAUAAAAAUAAAUUAUAAAUUAUUGAACAAUAUCUCUACGCAAAACAGAAGAUGGAGAACAUCGGCAGUAACAAUAACAAACAGAAUGAGAAAACGAAAGCGAACACGAGGACAAGAGAGCAUUAGCAUUAACCUAAGCAAUUACUACCAUACCAUGUACGAUUUGUUUUUGGUCUUUUGCGAUACAUUAUCACAUUAUCUGUGUAGGUACACUUACUCCAAUAUAUUAUGUACGGAUCCAUAUAUUUAUUUAUACAAUUAUCGGUUGAUUACGCGACAUGUCCAUGUAGCUAGAAUAUGAAAUUGAUAUCGAUUACGGGGUAAAAAGAGAGAAGGAGGAAACAAUAAAUUUAAAUACAUCAUAUAUUUUUGAAUAUAUUAUAAUUAUUGUAUUGUGUAAUUAUGUAAAUGCAGAUCAUAUAACAUUGUUUAUAAUAAUUUUUAACAAUUCUACUGAAACGGCAAUAAAUUCGAAAACAACAAACAAACAAACUAACUGAAAAGUGAAAGCAACUUCUGCAAGCGCCUAAAUGUAUGCAUAUUGUAUAUUUAUUUAGUCAAACAUUUUAACUGGCUUACUACGAGGGCAUCACUUAGUUUUUAAAGCAAUAACCCCCAACCCUUUCGAUAACAAUUCACACGAGUAUUGAUUUUAGGACAUUUGCUGCAAACAAAUGGCGAAAAGGGAAACAAGAUGACGAACUUGAAGACGGUGAUUUUUAUGUGAACAUUUAUUACUAACUGAUAAGCUUUGAGUACAUUUAGGAAAGCCGUUAUACUAUGCAUAUACACAUAUAUAUAUAUGAACUAUAUAUAGUAUAUAUGAAUGCUCAUGUGAGCAACGAAACAAUUACGAUAUGAAUCAUUAAAUACUUCCGAAAGCAUUAA